UUGGUUGCUUAGCUGAAAAGCACAUUUACGAAAUUGAGUUGCGUUUAAUUGCAGCCCACCAGUUCACAUGUCCCUGAAUCAUGUGCCACUGUCUCAACUACGUUCCACAGAUUUGUUUUACCUUUAAAUCCCUGAAGUAAAAUAACACGGAGCAUGCUUUAACAUUACUAUCACGCUCUCCCACAGCCGAAAACAGACAAAUAGUUCAUUAAUUUUUUCAAUCAAAGUUUGAGGGCUUGGAGUUUGAAUUAUGAUAGGCGCAUUUAGUAAAGCGUGCGUUUCAUCAUGCUCGUGAUGUGUUAGUCAAUGAGGAUUUGACAAUACUGUAUGUUGUUAUGUCAACCAAUCAACUUUCAAUUAGUUGAAAAACGUGCUGAAAAAUCUUAUAAAUCAAACUGAUAUCAGUCAUAUCAAAUACAAGCAGACCAUACUUUAUGCCUGUCGAAUAUUGAAGUCUUCUGUCCUUUUUUCAAAGUCAUAUGGUUUAUCACUCUAACGGCCAUUUCAAUAUAUUAACGAGCACUUUAAGCUGCGCAAAAGCUCACUGUUUAAUAUUAGUAUUAUUUCUCCUGACUUGUUUUAAACAUUAUUCGAAUCCAGUCUAUUUCUAGUGUAGUUGUCCAGUGACAUGUUUGUAAUUUGAUUGACGCAAAUGAUUUAUCAAUUUUAACAGUUGGUCAUCAGUUAAUUUUAAAUUAGUCACUGCCUAAUUUUUUCCACAAUAAAUUCUGAAUGUAUACUUUGAUUGUAUUAUUUUAUUUAUAUUUACUUGAAGGUAUACCAUAUGGUGUUCAGUCACGCUUUCUACCUCUUAUAUUUCGCAAUAAAGGUCUCUCACUUACUUCAUUAGGUCUACAUAAACUUCUUCAUAUUCCUUGGCUACUUAAAAGCUUUUAUGCUCCGGUAAUUGACAGACAUGUGGACAAAAGAGUGUGGUUAUUUAUCACUUUCAGUGGUUUGUUUUUUUGUACAGUCUUAUUAUUUCACGAAUGUGAACAAUUGGUCAGUGGAGACAAUUAUUUCAUGUUCACUAUUUCUUCUUGUCUUUUUAUGUAUAAUUUUUGGGCAGCUUCACAAGACAUUACUGUUGAUUCACUGACUUUGUCCACCUUAACAUCAAGUCAAAUCUCUUUAGGGAAUACUAUACAAGUUGUUGGCUACAAAUGUGGAGCUAUUAUUGGCGGUGGAUUUCUUGCUUGGUUAUCAGCUUUUAUAGAAAUCAGUUAUCUUUUCAUAUCACUUAGUUGCUUAUAUGCUAGUGGGAUGUGCUUUUGUUUGAUCGGAAAGUAUUGGAAAUUUUGUAAUGUAAAACAAUUUCACGAAAAAACGUAUAUUCAAGUAAAUGAGAAUGAGAAUUCAGACGAUGAACAAAAUUUAACUAUUGUAUCGAAACAAUAUUCGUACACAAAAGCCUUCAAAAUUGCCCUGGGUCAUUCAGGUGGUUCACGUUGUCUUAUUGUUCUUCUAUUGAUUUAUAAACUUGGAGAGCAAGGAUCUAUGAAUAUGCUACCUUUGAUGCUUUUAGAUAGAGGAUUUUCUCUAUCUAAAGUUGGAUUUUGGACAGGUGUUGUUGGACAGUUGGCAUCUAUAAUUGGGUCUACAUCUGGAUACUAUAUCCAGAAAAAGCUCAGAUCUCCACUAACUUCAGUUCUAAGCCUAAUGAUAAUUCGGGCUUGUUUACAAUUCCCUCUAACAAUGAUUGCUUUCAAAUCUAUUUGGAUAAGUGCACCUAACGUUUCUUUCUGGAUAGGUUGUUUAUUAAUGAAUAUUUUACUAGUUGUGAGUGGAGGCAUUACAACAAUUAUGUUCACGUUGAUGAUGCAUUGUACAUGUUCUGAAUCAUCUAAAGCCUAUCAAGCAACUCAUUAUUCUAUAUUAAGUACAGCAGAAUUAUUGGGAAAACUUUUAUUUGGUACAAUAGCCGCAUAUUUUACAGAUGUAUUCGGAUAUGGAGUUGCUUAUUUGUGCUUUUUAAUUUUAUCUAUACUUCCAAUUCUAUAUGUUUACAAAUGUUCUGGGAAAUUUCAAUUUUUUCCCUAAAUGGUUAUUUAACUAGGUAAGUUUUUUUUUCAAUUCAACAACAACAUUCUUCCUCUUUAAUGUCAUUGAUCUAUUUUAUAAUCUAUGGGAUACAUUUAUUAAUAUUAAUACUAAAUAUAGUAAGAUACUUUAUGUUUGAGUUUUGUAAAUAUGUAUGUAGAUUUGUUUGUACUUGGUUGUUGAUUUCUUAUCAAUAAAGUAUGAGUUUAAGCGAAUUUAUUUUUCUUUUAAUGGAGUUUUAUUCUCUGAGCUGGAUGGUUUAGUUGUGGAACUUUCAUCGUUCUUUUGAACGACAUCAUCAGUAAAAACUUCAGAUAUAAUUUAUUUUUCAUUUGAUACUUGAUUUUGCAUAGUUUUUUUUACGUAAUUCAAACUUUAAAUACGUUUCUAAUUAUUUGAAUUACUAUAUUAUUGAUAAUUUAACUGAAUUUCGACCAGUAUGAAUUGAGAUAUGUGCA